ACAAAUUAGGCAUAUUUCAUUUUGUGUUGAAAUCGAUACGUGUAUUAAACCAUAGACAGUUGUUGACUUGAAUCCCUGAUUAUGUACAAAUGCCUAGAGCUGAUAAAUCAGCUUAAUUCGCAAAUUAACAAUCUGUUCAUAAAUAUUGAUGAAAUGUAAAUAUUCUUAGACAUCCUACGCCCAUAGGAGAUACAAAUGAGAGUUAAUUGUCAACUUUCGACCAAACUUCAUCAUUUGUUAAAAUUGCUCUAAUCUAUGAAAUGGAUAUUUUUUAAUGUGAGCGGUUCUUCGUGAGAUUUCUUAUUCACUUUCAAAAAAUAUAUGAAAUUCUGUGUGGAAUAUUUUCUGUAAAAUGUGAAGAUUUGCCAAGAACGAAAAAUGUCUGGUUUCUUUGGAUCAUCAGGAGGUGGCGGUCCAUUACAAAACUGUAUUCCAGGUCAACUGGAAACGGAAUCGAAAAAGUAUGCCGAACUAAUAAAAUUAUUUCCAGUAGAGAUCAUCCCUACUAAAGAAAUCCCUUCAUGGGAAAGGGCUCUAAAAAUAACGUUCUAUAUCCCGCCGAUUUUGGUGAACCUCGUGGGAAACAGUUUGGUCAUUCUUAUUGUGGUGUUGAACAAAAAGAUGAGAACGACUACAAAUUUACUGAUUCUGAACCUAAGUGUGUCUGACAUUUUGGUGGCGUGUUUUUGUAUGUGGAUUCAUCUAGCCACCCAACUUCAAACCGGGUUGUAUUGGCCCUUUGGUGCUUUUAUGUGUAAAGUGACGUCUUUAAUUCAAGUGACAGCCCUGACUUCCAGUGUGCUGACCCUGACCAUUAUUUCCCUGGAGAGAUUCCAGGCUAUAGUAUUCCCCCUCCGGAGAAAGAUGUCCCACAGGGCCGCGGUGGUGGCUAUUUCUUGUUCCUGGAUUGUGUCCAUGGGGACAGCCUUUCCUUACUUACUGGUGAAGAAACAGACCGAGACACAGUUCUCAAACUUUUUAAGAAUACAAUGCAAAGAAAAAUGGCCAUCCUAUUACACUGCAUCGAGCGGGAAUGGAACUUGCGAAACAGAAGAACCGGGAAAGAAGCUGUAUUACACCUUGACCUUCAUCAUUAUGUACGUCAUACCUAUUUUGGUUAUGGGAAUUACCUACACAAUCAUCAGUGUCACGCUUGUAAAGCGUAAAGGUCCAGGGGGCAAAGCAACGUCAUCUAUAGACAAGGCCAGAAAAAAGGUCAUCCGUAUGUUAAUUGUGGUCCUUGUCUCUUUUGUGAUCUGCUGGACCCCGCAGUGGGCCUUCCUCAUCUACGACGCCUAUUUCCCACCUGUAGCAGAUGAACAGAGACCCGAGUACACCGUUGCUCUGAAGUACGCGGCUCUAUACAUCGCCUACAGUAACAGCGCGCUCAAUCCAAUCAUGUAUGCAGGGUUCAAUGAGAACUUUAGGCGUGGGUUUUUAGAUGUCUUCAGGUGUCGUAUAUGGAAGAAGAACAAUCGAGUACACUCAGAUAUGGUGAAUUCCACAGUUGGUCCGGGCUCCAUUAGGAACAGAGUGAUGACUUUGGGAGGUAAAUCAGCCGUGACCACGGUACAUACAACAAUGGAGGGAAAUACUCAUGUUUACGGGGCCUCCGACGAUUGACUGAUACUCCUUGUAGAGAGAGACAACCUGUUGUGUUUGUGUUUUUUGUUCAGUGUAAUAAAUUAUUUUGGAAGAAAC